AUGAACGGUCCUCUCAAUUAUCCAAUUGUUCGACGAGACACAAUUGUUGAUGAAAAUGCUAUGCAGCACUUGCUACUGCACGAGAGCAUAUGGAGCCAUGCAUUCAAGAAAAAAAGAAAGAGGGGCUCCAUUGUGAACCGUCCUUCAAAACUGAAACGCUUUGUAUCUUUACUACAAAUAAUAUAUGACAAGUCUCGAGUCCACUACCUCGUUCCUAUUAUUCUACUGAUAGCUUAUUCCGUAUUAGGUGGCUUGAUAUUUUGGUCAAUUGAACGUCCAAAUGAAGAAAUUAUGCUAGCUGACAAGAGAAAUUACAUCGCGGCACUAACAGAUGAUUUGGUGGAAGUUUUGAUGCAGAUUCACAACCGGUUGAUUGAUUUCAACAGGGUUUACAGCAAUAAUACAUAUUUGUUGAUGAUUCACUAUCGGGGUUAUCGAAAAUUUGCAUUAAACCAGAUUCAUAAGAGUGUAUAUUGGUACACGCUAUCAACAUUCUAUCUGACAGAACAUGAAAUGCAUAAAGUCGUGGCUUUGCGCCCAAAAAAUCCAGAGCAACUGUGGAAAAGACACUUUGAGAGUAACUUUGGAAGAAUACGGGCGCUGAAAAACUACACUGAACAAUUAUGUUUGCGAUGUUGGGAGUUAGGCGUCGAAGGAGCAAAUCAGGGAUGGACAAGGUAUAACUAUAGUUUGAUGGUCAACCAGAGUGUAGAAGAAUAUAAUAAUUCUGUUGGGCUGGGACAUGUAUUAACUCCAGUGUGGACCUUUUGGAAUGCAAUGUUUCUAGCAGUAACCACAUAUACCACAAUAGGAUAUGGAAACAUAACCGCCAAAACAAAACUUGGAAAACUGGCUGCGAUGGUUUAUGCUGUUGUCGGAAUUCCUCUCGUCCUCAUGAUACUUCAUAAAUCAGGACGAUUGUUUUUAAUGGGAUUGGAGCACAUGUGGGACUUUAUUUUGAGAAUUACUGACAGUUUUUGCGUUGGAUCGGGUAAACAACGUGUUCGAAAUACUGGUGAAGAUAGGAUUUCUGAAAUGCCUCUUAUUCUGGCUAUAGGAGUCGCAUUUGGCUGGAUGUUUUUAUGUGCUGCAAUAUUUCUACGAUUUGAAAAAGAUUGGGAUUAUUUUAAAAGUUUUUAUUUUUUCUUUUGUUCAUUAACUACAAUUGGAUAUGGUGACGUUACACCAACUAAUAGCGAAGAUAUGUUUAUUAUUUUUGGUUUGAUUAUCAUCGGUUUAUCAUUGGUUUCUAUGUGUAUCAAUGUAAUCCAACUAAAAUUGGAGAAACUUUUCGAGGAGCUUCUCCUCACUUUAAUGGAAGAGUUGAAUGCAGAUCCAGAUGGCACCCGUUUGAAAGCUGGUACUAUUGGCGCGCGAGAAAUGUGGAGAGCUUGGAAGAAACGACGAGGAAAGCUGAAGGAUGGUUUGGAAAGGGCAAAAGGAGCCAGAGAUGUUGCUAAUAAAGCUAGCGAAAAUUUCGUUAAGAUGCUGCCAUUUUCUCGCAAGAGAGAACGUCAAAACUUGAUAGCAGAGUUCCAGAAAAAAUUACACAGCAAGGAAAAGAGCACACAGACUGAUUUUGGCUAUCCACGCUGUGAGGAGGCUUACACGGAAACAAGUGAUGUAGACAGUUGUGUUACAGAUUUUCGUAGCUCAAUUAUCUCCGAUAAAUCUCAACAUCAUUUGCUCCUUAUACCAGAUGGUCCAAUUUGUGGGCCAUCACGUUGUGAGAGUAGGCCGGUUGUCGCGAUGGCAGAGGCUUCACUAUGUUCUUCAUCAUCAGUGAAUCCAUCGUCUUAUCCAUCAUCACAUCGUCCUAGUUCUUCGAUUCUCUCUUCUUCUCCAGGAUCUAGAAUUUCCGCGCCGUCGGCUGCUAGUUCAGCCAAGUCAGCACCUGCAGCAAGUCCAAGUCGUCAACCCCCAUUAGUUGAUUUUGAUCCAAGCCGCCGAUGGACUUUUGUGGCCACAAAUCGGAAUCAACGCGGAUAUCCUCGAGGGCUCGUUGUUCCGUAUAUGUAUACUAGGCCUAUGAGCUCCGUAGUUCAUACAACAGAAGUGAGAAGGCUGAUUGCAGAGUUAGAUGUUCGACUUCAGGACUGUCGCUCGUUGGCAACUCCGACCAACUCAAUUCGAGGGACCGUUUCAGAGAGAUCAUUCUCAAGAUCUGUUAUUUCAGACUUAUCAAUUCCAGAGGAAUCAUAG